AUGUCUUCAACUACUUAUAAGUCUGAAGCUUUCGAUCCUGAACCUCCUCAUUUGAGCUUCCGUUCUUUCGUCGAAGCUCUCCGUCAGGAUAACGAUCUUGUGGACAUCAAUGAGCCAGUUGAUCCUGAUCUGGAGGCCGCAGCAAUCACUCGCCUCGUCUGCGAGACUGAUGACAAGGCCCCUCUUUUCAACAAUGUCAUUGGAGCUAAGGAUGGUCUCUGGCGAAUCUUAGGAGCGCCAGCUUCCCUGCGUAGCUCUCCCAAAGAGAGAUUUGGUCGUCUCGCACGACACUUGGCCCUGCCUCCUACUGCGUCUGCUAAGGAUAUUCUCGACAAGAUGCUCUCUGCUAACAGCAUCCCCCCUAUUGAGCCUGUUAUUGUGCCCACUGGACCUGUCAAGGAGAAUUCCAUUGAAGGCGAAAAUAUCGAUUUGGAGGCACUUCCAGCCCCAAUGGUGCAUCAAUCAGAUGGUGGCAAAUACAUUCAAACUUAUGGAAUGCAUGUCAUUCAGUCUCCUGAUGGUUGUUGGACCAACUGGUCAAUUGCUCGGGCCAUGGUAAGUGGAAAGAGGACAUUGGCCGGCCUUGUUAUCAGCCCCCAGCACAUUAGGAAAAUCCAAGAUCAAUGGCGCGCAAUUGGCCAAGAGGAGAUCCCCUGGGCACUCGCCUUUGGCGUCCCUCCCACUGCCAUCAUGGCCUCUUCUAUGCCUAUUCCUGAUGGAGUCAGCGAAGCCGGUUACGUGGGAGCUAUUGCUGGCGAGCCUAUUAAGCUGGUCAAGUGCGACACCAACAACCUCUAUGUUCCGGCCAAUUCAGAGAUUGUUCUCGAGGGCACUCUAUCUACAACCAAGAUGGCGCCUGAAGGUCCCUUUGGAGAAAUGCACGGUUAUGUCUAUCCAGGAGAAAGCCACCCGGGCCCCGUGUAUACAGUCAACAAGAUUACAUAUCGCAAUAAUGCCAUUUUGCCCAUGUCUGCUUGUGGCCGUCUGACAGAUGAGACUCAAACUAUGAUUGGAACCCUCGCCGCUGCUGAGAUCCGCCAGCUCUGUCAGGAUGCCGGUCUUCCCAUCACUGACGCUUUCGCUCCUUUCGUCGGUCAAGCCACCUGGGUCGCCCUCAAGGUCGACACUAAGCGCCUUAGAGCGAUGAAGACCAAUGGCAAAGCCUUUGCCAAACGGGUCGGCGAUGUUGUUUUCACCCAGAAGCCUGGCUUUACCAUCCACCGUCUUAUUCUCGUCGGCGACGACAUUGACGUCUAUGAUGACAAGGAUGUCAUGUGGGCCUUUACAACUCGCUGUCGCCCUGGCACUGAUGAGGUCUUCUUCGACGAUGUUGUUGGGUUCCAGCUUAUCCCGUACAUGAGCCACGGCAAUGCAGAGGCCAUCAAGGGUGGCAAGGUUGUUAGCGAUGCACUGCUUACAGCCGAGUAUACCACUGGUAAGGACUGGGAGUCUGCAGAUUUCAAGAACUCCUAUCCUAAGAGUAUUCAGGACAAGGUCUUGAACAGCUGGGAAAGGCUGGGCUUCAAGAAGCUGGAUUAA